UAAACACUCACUAUCAUCGGACACCCACCAACUAAAACUAAAACCUAGCAAAACCCAAGAUAUGGAGAGAUGCACUUGUUCUUCUUCAAGCCAAAUUACACACAUUAUUAUAUUAAUGUGCGUCUUUGUUGUUAUGUCUGCGACCUUGGUGCAUGGCCAAGGCACUCGUGUUGGUUUCUAUGCUACUACAUGUCCUAGAGCUGAAUCCAUUGUAAGCUCAACUGUUGCAACACAUUUUCGAUCUAACACUGCAAUUGCUCCUGCUUUGCUGAGGAUGCAUUUCCAUGAUUGCUUUGUUCGAGGUUGCGAUGCUUCUGUCCUUAUUGAUGGUUCCAAUACUGAGAAAACUGCCCCACCAAAUCUUGGGUUGAGAGGCUAUGAAGUUAUUGACGAUGCCAAGACUCAGCUUGAAGCUGCAUGUCCUGGAAUUGUUUCUUGCGCUGAUAUUCUUGCACUUGCAGCCCGUGAAUCUGUUGUUCUGACUGGUGGACGAAGUUGGCUGGUGCCUACCGGACGUAGAGACGGCCGGGUGUCAUUGGCAUCCGAAACAACUGAUUUGCCUGGCUUCAGAGAAUCCAUUGAUUCCCAAAAGCAAAAGUUCUCUGCCAAGGGUCUUAACACACAAGAUCUUGUCGUACUUGUUGGAGGACACACCAUAGGAACUACAGCUUGCCAGUUCUUUAGUUACAGAUUAUACAACUUCAAUGGCACCGCAAGUUCUGAUCCUUCCAUUAAUGCUUCGUUCCUCCCUCAACUACAAGCACUGUGUCCACAGAACGGGGAUGGGACAAAGCGAGUUGCUUUUGAUACAGGUAGUGAAAACAGAUUUGAUGCAUCUUUCUUCGCCAACCUGAGAAAUGGGCGAGGAAUACUUGAGUCUGAUCAGAAAUUGUGGACUGAUGCUUCGACGAGAGCAGUUGUUCAACGUUUCCUGGGUAUUACUGGUUUGGCUGCAUUCAAUGUUGAGUUUGGAAGAUCCAUGGUUAAGAUGAGUAACACUGGAGUGAAGACAGGCACUGAUGGUGAAAUUAGGAAGAUAUGUUCUGCAAUAAACUCAUGAUACUGCCAAGAAUUUCCCAUGCCCGAAAGAAAAAACUUAUCUAAAUCUAGUUCUCAAAAUAGAGAUAUAAAUAUAUGAAUUUUAUCUUGUAUAUUGUAUUUUAAAUUUAAGAUAGACUUGGUCUAAGCAGAACUUUCCAUAUGGGGAAUACAUAUCUUCUAUUGAAAGUGUGAAGUAAUCUAUCUUUUAUCUUGUAAAAGAAUAAUGAUAUGAUUUAUUACGUAGGGAUGAAUAUUGAUGUAUUUAGCUUAAGUUGAUAAUGAAAUGAUAAUGUGUGUGUGUGUGAAUCUUAAUAAAUUUGAGUAUUUAUUACAUAUA